AUGCAAAAGGACGAUGAUGAAGAUCAGGAUGCAGAAAGGGUCGAAGAGGAAUCAUAUUCAUCCAACUAUGUGUCAUCUUCCCCUAUGGGCAUCUUUUCCGAAUCUUAUUCACAACAAGCAUCAAGUGAUUCAUCAUCAUUGUUAUCUGUUUUAAAUAAAUAUUGCGCAAAUGAAUUCACCUCGCUAUAUGAGUAA